UGUUCUCUUCCUCCGCGGAGGGCAUGGACAAUCUAGCGGCGUGACUACUGUCCCGUGCUCGCUUCGAACGCGUGGUAUUCGGUUUGGGGACUCGCUGGAAGCUCCGCGGCGGCGCGCCGGCAGGAGUCGCGAGCCGAUCCCUGUCCGGCCCCUCCAUGCCGGGUUGUAGGCUGCUGGCGCAGGCCGGCGCCCAGGUGUUGGGCUGUAGCACCAGAGGCCUAGGUGCUGCCCCGGGCUUAGGGAAUAGUGUAGGCCAUCCCAUUACAGGGAGAAGGAAAACUGAGAGAAAAUCCAGCUUGCCUCUUGCUCCAUUGGCUCUAAGACUGUCAAAUACACAUUUAUUUGGGCUCGUCUCCCCUCAUGUUUUUAGAACGAACAUCUGGUUCUGUGUGAGAACUUGCCACAGCAAGAGUAGCACUUGGUGGGACGAGCAUCUGUCUGCAGAAAAUGCCUCAUUUGUUAAGCAACUGGUCUUUGAUGAAAAUAAAGCCCAAUUAUCAAGUAAACUAAACCCCCUGAAAGAUGAACCGUGGCCUUUACAUCCUUGGGAACCAGGUUCUUCCAGAGUUGGUCUUGUCGCCGUGAAGCUGGGCAUGAUGCCUUUGUGGACCAAAGAUGGUCAAAGGCAUGCAGUCACAUUACUUCAGGUACAAGACUGUCAUGUGUUAAAAUACACUCCCAAGGAAAGCUAUAAUGGAAAAACAGCAGCCCUCACUGUGGGCGGGAAAACAGUGUCGCGCUUAUAUAAACCUGAUUCAGUAUUGGAAUUUUACCGAGAACUUGGAUUGCCACCGAAACAGACAAUUAAAAUCUUUCGUGUAACAGAUAAUGCUGUAAUUAAGCCAGGGACCCCUCUUUACGCUGCUCACUUUCGCCCUGGACAGUAUGUGGAUGUCACAGCCAAAACUAUUGGUAAAGGUUUUCAGGGUGUCAUGAAAAGAUGGGGAUUUAAAGGCCAACCUGCUUCUCACGGUCAAACGAAGACCCACAGGAGACCUGGAGCUAUUUCAACUGGAGAUGUUGCCAGAGUCUGGCCCGGAACUAAAAUGCCUGGGCAGAUGGGAAACCAGAGCAGGACAGCGUAUGGACUGAAGGUGUGGAGAGUGAACACCAAGCACAACGUCAUCUACGUGAAUGGCUCUGUACCCGGACAUAAAAACUGCUUAGUGAAGGUCAAAGACUCUUCGCUGCCUGCAUAUAAGGAUCAUUGUAAAAGCCUGCCAUUCCCUACUUACUUUCCUGAUGGAGACGAAGAAGAGCUUGCGGAAGACUUGUAUGAUGAGGACGUGCUGCAGCCCAGCGCACCUUCUAUUACAUUUGCCUGAUGUCACUGGCGUGGCAGGACUUUCUGUGCUCUGUGCACUCGAUGAACCAGAACAGUAAUAGAACCAGGGGUCCUAUCCCUCUGCUUAGUACGAUGCUGUGCUCUUGUUUUUAUCAAAGGAAACAAAUGCAUCUCUUACUCCUCACUUCAAUCUGAUUAGCAAAAUUACUACAUUAAAUAAUGUAAUCACAUGGAUUAGAUUUUGUUAAAGUUGUCAGUUAACAAAGAACAGAAUGUUUUGCCAUUUGUAGACAUCACUCUUUAGACACAUUUAUGUUUAUCUUAGGGUUUUUUUUUAAAUAUAUAAACAACUCUUACUUUAAAAAUGUA